AUGUUCGCAGUUGCCAAAUUUGCAAGUACAUGUCAUUCUUUUUCAUGCAACUGCAACUUCAUCUCACCAUGUCAUAGGAAGAGAAAUAUCAACGACUUCACUAUUGUAGUGGACAUGUCAACCCUUCAAUGGCAUCUGCAAGCAAUGCAUAAACAUGAAUACUAUAAGUGGUGUGAGAAGAACACUUUCAACUCCAAGCUCCCAAGUGAUGUUGCAGCUCGCAAAGCAAAGAUCCUCGAGAGUCAUAUCUCUCAAGGAACUCUCGAGGGACAUCCAGCUGGACAUACAAUUUUAUAUUCAGACAAAGCAUUCAAGUCAGCUGCUAUCCAGUGGCUAGUAGAGACCGAUCAGCCUAUCAGUGCAUUUCAACAUCAAGCAUUCGAGGAUCUGAUCAAUAUCGCUUCACACACCAAGGAAGCAGUGAAAAUUCCAAAGCGAGCAUCAACACGGUGA